CGAUCUUCCUCACUGCCGGCACCUACCCUCCAACUCACCGGCCACGCGGGUUCCGUCUAUGCUCUCGCCUACAGUCCGUCCGGUCAAACCUUGUGUAGCGCUAGUUUCGACAAGACCUGCUUGCUGUGGAACCACGGCACGUACGAAAAUUUCAAAACGCUGACGGGUCACAAGAAUGCCGUCUUAGACGUCACUUGGUGUGACGAGGAUUGCAUCGUCACCGCCUCCGCUGACAAGGCAGUGUUCGUCUGGGAUGCGCUCACAGGGACACGCUUGCGACAAUGGAAGGCACACGAAGGAGUGGUCAAUGCAGUUGACUCCAUAACGGAACACACCGUCGUAUCGGCGAGUGACGAUGGAACCUGUCGCGUUUGGGAUCGACGACAAAAGUCGGCCGUAAUGACGUUACGAAACAAUAGUACGAAUCACGACUCGGAUACAGCUGGUACUCCUUUACCGAUUACAGCGCUUGCUGCGACGUCGACCCACGCGUAUACGGGAGGGAUUGACAAUCUCAUUACGUGCUGGGAUUUGAAAACACAACGGAAGCAAUACGCUAUGAAAGGACACGCGGACACCAUUACCAGUCUCGCUAUGCAUCCGGAAGAAACGCACGUCCUCAGUAAUAGCAUGGAUAACACACUACAAAGUUGGGAUAUUCGUCCUUUUGUGACCGGCCCCAACCGACACCACAAAACGUUUGUCGGCCACAAACACAACGCCGAAAAGGGUCUCUUAAAGUGUGCUUGGAGCGGAAGCGCGGGUGGUGGUGGAGGCGGUGGCAGCAUGGUGACGGCCGGUUCUGCCGAUAAAUUUGUUCAUGUAUGGGAUGAGUUUUCAACCGAAGAACUCUACCUUCUGCCGGGGCAUCAGGGCUGUGUCAACGUGGUGGCCUUUCACCCCGUUGAAAACGUCGUCUGCUCGGGCUCCAGUGAUAAACAAAUAUAUGUAGGGGAACUUUCGUGA